UCUUUGAAUCACUUUAACGGAGGGCGUUUCUUUCAGCGAAAUACAUUUUAUAGUGCUCCGUGUGCUAUAUAUUUCAACGUGCUAUAAUAUCUGUCACACAGAGAGGUAUACGUAUUGCAGAGGGAGACAGGAAAAACCUGACGCAGUGGGAUGGAUGAAAGCUUCUCAAACCAGCCAGAGUACGAAAGCGAAAGUUAACCAGGAACUGACAGUGACUCGAUAGGCCGUCUCAUACGGUUUUAACAUAUACGUAGAAGAUGGCAGAAAAGGCCAAAGAAGAGAGACAGAGUCCACGACAUGAUUCACGAAAAGAAAGGCUUAAUGGGAAGAAAAGUAGAUAUGACACAGAUAGGCCGUUCAAACCCCAUGAAGGGUUGGCCAGGCCAGUUGAUAAACGGGGGCCAAAAGCUGGUGACAUGACCACGAAAUGGACACAGAGCGAAGUCCGUUACAUGGGUUACAAAAAGUUGGAAGAUUUGUUAAAAAGGGAUCAGGGUGAUGCUCUCCUGUACUUGGCAUCCCCUAAAAACGGUUUCCGUGAGCUUCUCGUGUCUGAAAAGCUGGAAGGUGGUCUUCUUUCUCUUCUCCUGUCUGUGUUGGCUUAUGUAGGUCAGGCAGAUCAGCUCCGAUCGCAUUUGAUUACGGUUCUCAACAUUACCAAUGAAUCGCCAUUGCUUUCAGCAGGAGGUCCUGUUCAGAGCUGUAUUAUCGAGAUGGUUCUAGCCCGAAACAGCCAGGCUGUCGAUGUCAAUUUUCUUGGCAAUGUUCUCAAUUUGGUCCAUUUACUUCUGACUCUUCUGCCUCGAUCUAGUCACCUUCAUGCCAGCACCCUUUUACCAUUAAUACAGAAGGUAGUAGAUGACAAGGCAGACAGUGGUAAUAUUGUCUGCCUGAAAAGACAAUUACAGCAAGCUACUGAAAUAAAAGAUGCCGUCGAAAAUGACCUAAGAAUGGGUUUUAAAGCACAAGAUGCAGAAAAUGCUCCUGAAGAUCUCACAACUCCUCCCGAUGAUUUUCGCGAGUGCAGUAUAUUUCCAAGUAGGGAAGACCUUAUCACCGAUGAACAACCUUUCCUGAGGGCCAACAUUGUGAAGGGGAAGUACAGUUCCGUGGAUCAUUAUCUUGAUGUCCAGUUUAGGCUGCUGAGGGAAGAUUUCAUAGCACCGCUUCGUAAUGGCAUCAGAGAGUACUUGGUCAAUUUAGAUCGUGGCCAAGAACAUGUCAGGUUGUCGGAUGUUAGGGUAUACCAUCAUGUGUACUUUCAAAUGCCCAAUUGUGCUAAGAAUCAAAUCACUUAUCCGGUCAAGUUUGAUGUAUCAAGGCUCUCCAAGGUCAGGUGGGAGCACAGUAAACGGUUGAUAUGUGGUUCUCUUGUUUGCCUGUCAAAGGACAGGUUUGAAACUGUAAUUUUUGCAACAGUUGCUGAUAGAGACCCAAAGAAGCUUCGGGAAGGUAUUAUUGAGCUCCACUGUGAUGCAGAAAGUCUUGCAGUGAUUUCCACAAGCAUGCGUGAGGUUUUCGUCAUGGUUGAGUCUUCUGCCUAUUUUGAAGCAUACCGUCAUGUCUUGAGGGGUCUUCAGGAGUUGAACCAGGAAAAUUUACCCCUUCAAAAGUACAUUAUUGGCUGUGAUAGUGCGCCCAGACCACCGAAAUACAUUUUAGAUUCGGGCCUGCUAUUGGAUCUCACCUGUCUAAUCGACAGAGAUACUGUAGGACGACAAAAGUUUGAAGCAGUUGACAUUUUCAAAGAAGAUACUUGGCCAAAUGCAGCGACACUGAACUUAGAUGAAUCCCAAAGUGCAGCAUUGAAGAGUGCUCUGACCAAAGAAUUCUCUGUCAUUCAAGGUCCACCGGGAACAGGAAAGACUUACAUAGGUUUAAAGGUGGUAAGAGCGCUUUUGGCAAACAGACGAAUGUGGGCAUCAGGACGGAGAGAGGAAAAUGGCAAUGUCAUCCAACACAGGCCGUUAGAUUUGCUUGACCCAGGAGAGGAAGACCCAGAAAAGAGAGACUUUAACAAACCAAUACUGCUCGUAUGUUAUACCAAUCAUGCCCUAGACCAGUUUUUAGAAGGCAUUGUAAAAUUUCAGCCCAGCAAAGUUGCAAGAAUUGGAGGAAGAAGCAGCUCUAAGGAUCCUGCUCUUCAAAUGUGUCUUCUGCAUAAUAUGAAAAAAGAUCAUCCAACUGACAGGGUAAGAAGAGGGGAAAUCGCACGUUUGCAUGGGGAGCUUUCGUUAUUGGCAAAGACCAUCAGUUAUUUUGCAAAUAUCCACAAUUCCCUCAUUUAUAUUGGAUAUAAACAAAUACGCAGUUUGUUAUCUGAAUCGCAACAGGAGUCUCUAGAGUACGUUGCGAUAGAUGUUUCCAGUCCAUUUGAUUAUUGGCUUCUUGCUGAAGACCGCAAGAUAGUCUUGCAGCAAGAGAUUAAACAACGGCACCAGUUUAAGAAUGAUAGUCAGUCUGCUGGCGAAGAGCCAGCAGACAUUAAUGAAACAAAUCCCCAAGCAAGUGACAGAGAUGUGGAAGACGGAGACGAGCUGUUAGCAGAGUCUCAAGAGAAAACAGUCUACCGAAGCAAGGGAUCUGCCGAGGAAACAGUAGGUGUUGGUGAAACAGGCCCCCAAGAAAGUAACAGUGAUGUGGAAGACGGAGACAAUCUGUUAGCAGAGUCUGAAGGAAAUGGAGUAAACCAAAACAAGGAAUUUGAUGUGUGUGAGCCUUGCAACACAAAAGAAGAAUUGUCGGAUGGAGAGAGUGAUCUAGAUGACACAGCUGCUGGAUUAAAGACACCAGAGACAAUUGAGGAAGAUGGAGAUAUGAGAAAAAGUGACAGCGAAAGUCUGUUGAAUAAAGAAGAUAGCUCAGUUGCUGUAAAAGGAGAGGCUGGAUUAUUGUCCGACCAACGUGAAAUCAUAGAAGGAGAAUAUGAUUAUGAAUCAGAUGAAAUGUCAUUUAUUGAGGCCGAGGAUUUCUUGGAUGAUGUUCAAAUUGUGGAUGAUGACACUGAUAUUUUGGAGACCAUCGCUCAACAUGUAGUAAAAUCGGAAGAGAUGGAGGAGGAUGCAUAUACUACCGAGGUGGACAAAUCUGAACAACCUUUAAAAAUCUCGAAAAAAAUGAAAAGGGAAAUGCAACUAGAGAUGAAGAAAUUUGAAAGUGAACUUCACAAGGCCAGUUGUGGUGAUGACUACAUGACUGAAGAGGAGGCAGAAAGCAUAGAAAACCUUUGGGUUCUCUCCAUUGCAGACAGAUGGCGUUUGUAUCGUUAUUGGAAACGCUUAUUUUAUGAGGACAUUCUCCAGCGCCUUCAGUAUCAGAUCAUAGAAUACGAUCGUACCCGGCUUGCGCUGCAAGAAAUAUACGAUGAUCUAGAUUUCCAGCUGCUUCAAAACAUGUAUAUAUUAGGCAUGACUACGACUGGGGCAGCAAAGUAUCACCACAUCCUCAGACGACUUCGUCCGCGGAUUGUUAUUGUAGAAGAGGCGGCAGAAGUGUUUGAGUCCCACAUUGUGACGGCACUCACAGAAGGUUGCGAGCACCUGAUUCUCAUAGGAGACCAUCAGCAGCUACGACCAAACCCUGCUGUUUAUGCUCUGGCCAAGAAGUUCAACCUAGAGAUAUCUCUCUUUGAACGAAUGGUGCGAAACGGGAUGCACUGUGACAGACUGGCUAUACAGCACCGUAUGCGACCUGAGAUAUCACGUCUUCUGGUACCAGAAAUGUAUGACCAUCUUCUUGAUCAUGAGUCUGUUCGCCACUAUGAGAAUGUGAGAGGAAUUGAAGAAAACUUGUUCUUUAUUGACCACAGUUUCGAAGAAGAGAGUGACAAUGAUAGCAAAAGUCACUCCAACAAGCAUGAAGCGUCCUUCCUUGCUGCUCUCUGCCAGUAUCUCAUGAAUCAAGGUUACAGUAAAUCACAGAUCACCAUUCUGACCACAUACACUGGCCAACUUUUCGAAAUGAAAAAUAACCUCCCGAGAGAUAAAUUCCAAGGGAUUCGAGUAACGCCCGUGGACAAUUUUCAAGGAGAGGAAAAUGACAUAAUUCUUCUCUCCUUGGUACGCAGCAACAAGGAAGAACGCAUUGGUUUUCUUAGUAUUUCAAACCGUGUUUGCGUGGCUCUUUCUAGGGCGAGAAUGGGUUUCUACUGUGUAGGGAAUGUUUCGCUAAUGGCACGGCAAAGUAGCCUCUGGAAAAAGCUGGUCAAUAAGCUGAAAGAACGGCAACAGGUGGGCACUGAACUGACUUUAAUUUGUCAGAACCACCCAAAAAGGAAAUAUCAAGUCUCAAAGAAAGAAGAUUUCCAGCACGUGCCUGAUGGUGGGUGCCUAUUGCCAUGUGAGUUUCGUUUGGAUUGCGGUCAUGUAUGUGCACGUCGGUGUCAUCCUUAUGAUCUAGACCACCAGCUGUACACAUGUGAAAAGCCGUGUGAAAAACCUUGCGACGUUGGACACAAAACCUGCAAGAGAGAAUGCUUUGAGAUUUGUUCACCAUGCAGUUUUAUUGUAACCGUUCGACUGCCAAAAUGUCACCACGAAAUUUUAACCGAAUGCCACAGAGAUCCAGAUGACAUAAUUUGCCCUAUCCCAUGCGAACGACUCCUUAACUGUGGGCAUGAAUGCAAGAACCUGUGCUCUGAACCUUGUACCGUGCAGUGUGAAAGACAAGUACUGAAAUAUUUACCGUGUGGGCACAGCUGCCUUCUUCCCUGUCACCAGGAUGAAACCCUCGUGACUUGUGACACCUUGGUAGAGAGACAGCUGCCCUGUAACCACGUGACAAACGUCGCCUGUCAUACAGAUAUAUCUACAUACAAAUGUACAGAAUUGAUGCAAAAAAUUCUGCCUUGUGGACAUGAGAUUGCAGCGCCAUGCUACCAAGACGUAACAUGCGAAAAAAUUGUGGAGAGACAGCUGCCCUGUUACCACGUGGCAAACGUCGCCUGUCAUACAGAUACACGCAUAUACAAAUGUCCAGUAUUGAUGCAAAAAAUUCUGCCAUGUGGCCAUAUGAUUGCAGGGCCAUGCUAUCAAGACGUAACAAACAUAGAAUGCCAACUGCCGGUGACCGUAAGGCUUCCUUGUGCCCACCAUAUUGAAGUGAAAUGCCACGAAAGAUACACAGCCAUGUCUCUCCGAUGUACAGUGCAUGUAGAGAGAUCAUUGUCCUGCGGACACACGGGAAUAAUGUCUUGUCAUCUAGACGUGGGAAAUUACAUAUGCAGACAAAAAAUGAUGCUGACAUUUCCGAAGUGCAACCACCAAGUAGAGGUGAAGUGUGCCACUAAAGAAAAAGUCUUGUCGAAGGGGUGUGAGGUGCAAGUGGAACGAAUGCUCUCUUGUGGCCACCAGGUCAAGGCAAUUUGUGGAAUGGCAGAAAGGGAAUUAGUGGAAGCUUGUCCUGCUGUUUGUAAAAAAACACGUGCUUGCGGUCACAUCUGUGAGGGAACAUGUGGUUCUUGCAGACAAGGUACCCGCCACAUCCCGUGUUCAAGUCCUUGUUUACUUGUGUUUCCCUGCGGGCAUCCGUGCAAGGAGAAGUGCAGUGCUGUAUGCAAACCUUGCUCAGUCGGUUGUGAACGAUCCUGCGCUCACCUGACAAAAUGCACUAAAAAAUGCAGUGACUUCUGCAAGCGUUGUCCUCUGCCAUGCGACUGGAAGUGCUACCAUGCCCAGUGUAAAAGCCUCUGCUCCGAGAUAUGUUCAGAUCGCUUAAUCUGUGAUGAGCCUUGCCCGGAAAAACUAAGCUGCGGCCACCCUUGUAUUGGGAUGUGUGGGGAACCAUGCCCAUUGCUGUGUCGAAUAUGCAGCAAGAAAAGCAGAGUCUUUGCCGGUUUGCCACCCUGGUCCCGCUUUAUCAGAGUCCAACCAUGCAACCACGUCAUCGAGGUGACCAAGAUGGAUGCCCACAUGGCCCGCCAAGGAGAUGUAGUGACACUAGGCCCAAAACGGUGUCCUGUGCCAAGCUGCAGGAAAAUAAUCCAAAUAUGCCCUCGAUAUGGAAGGGAACUGAAGACGUACAUUAAAGCCAAGGACGAGGCUUCAGCAAUUUUAAGAUAUGAAUAUUCUCUUUGUCAGCAAGUUCUCAAGUCUGCUGAGUUGAUAACGAGAAUAAGGGCAUUGGAUUCUCCAAUCUGCGCUGAGAUAUUUGAUUUUUGCAGCACUUCUGAGAUCGAAGGUCAAAAGGUACAAAGGGAUAAAGAGACCUCCCUGAUGUUGCUGACAAUGGGCACCAUUUUAGAUGCAACAGACGCCAUUAAAGAGGUAAACUUGUUAAAGUUUUACCUUGACUCUACCAGCCAGGCAAAUCUUAACAGUAUUUUAGAAAGACUGCGAAGUGCUGAAGAUGACGCCGACCUUUUCAAUCUGGUCAAUACUCUACAGCAUCUUUUCCUUCGUUCGUUGAUCCUAUCCUCACGCACGGGGUUGGAUGAGAUGAACAUGGGUCUUGUCAAGGCCCAAUGUAUCGAGACCUUGGACUAUCCUUGGUCAGAACUUGUGUUGAUUUUCAAGAAAUUGAAGGGGGUAGACGAUCAACGCUCUCGUCAAAUGAAAGCACUGUUGCAUGCGCCGUUUACUUUACCGGAACGGCGGCAGUGGUGGUACUGUCGAAGAGGUCACGUGAUGAGGACGUCCAGCAAAGAGGCCCCAGCAUGUGAGGCCUGCGACCUUGGGGAAGAUACGGACCUUAGUCUUCACCAGGAGAGUUGGACUUCUGCAGGCGCCACAGAUUCUUCAGGUCAACGCCGUCUGGAGACAAUUGCCGGGCGCCGAGGUGGUGGUGGUGGUUUGGCACGUGGUGGGGGAAGAGGUCGUGGAGGUCGAGGCCGUGGGGGUCAAGGUCGUGGUGGACGAAGGUAA